CCGGCUCUUAAUCCGCCAAAACACCGCCAAUUCCCAACGAAAAUAGCACGGCCGAUUUUUUUAGCCUAUCAACCACCAUUCUGCCGCUUACAAUUUUCACCGCGGCGGAGGAGUCAAUAGACGAAACGCCACCAACUCGAAACCUCACGGCCAAGAGAAAAAAAAAAUGAGCGAAGAAGGGAAAAAUAGAGGCGUAACUUCCAACCCUCAAAGUCAAUAUCGAUACGGCACGUUUCAAGGCGUCGCCAACUACUACCCUCCUUUCCCUCUACAACCACCUCAGCCGUUUGUUGGCUUCCCUCAGCCCGUUCCUCCGCCGGGCUCCGCCAACCCCUAUGUCCACGGCUACCAGACGGUUACAGGUUAUCCUGUCGAAGAAGCAACGCCUUUGAGGCAACGUCGCCUUCCUGUUUGUGGUCUUGGAAUGGGCUGGUUAUUGUUUUUCCUUGGCUUCUUCAUUGGUGGCAUUCCCUGGUACAUUGGAACAUUCAUUCUACUCUGUGUCCAAGUGGAUUAUAGAGAAAAAGCGGGAUACCUUGCAUGUGCAAUUGCUUCUGUUCUCGCAAUGAUUGCUGUCACGUUUGGUGUGACAAAGGCAGCUUAUGCCUGGUGAGGUCUAGGUGGACUAUAAGGUGGCUGUACAUUUUGUGAAGAAUCCCAGAAUGAUUGGUGGUUGUAAUUUGUGAAAAAUUAUUCAGAAAAACUCUUGUUGUAUUCAUUAAAGCCAACCCCCAGAAUUGGGUAUUCAUGUUUAUGCAUAUAGUUGUAUGUACUUCGGAAUUUUUGCCAUUAUUAUGAGUGGCUUACUGAUUUGAAAGAACUUGUGAUUCCGCUCCCUA